UGAACAUGGAUCUAGACUUCUCCAGACAAUGAUGAUGGCUUUCUUCCACUUGAAACUUUUGUUUGGCUGAGACAUAACUUGAAGGAAAAGUCUUAUGAGGGGUAAUCUUGCAAGGAGUCAGCCCUACGGUCAAGACGUUUCAACUUAUUGAAGACAGACACUUCGAUGAUAAGGUCUGAGACAGGGAGAAGAUGCUGAUGAGCUAUGGUCAUGCUGAACGUGGGCCAUGUGGAUGGAGUGGAGACAGAAAGCGUAUCUACCCUGAUGUCACGUCGUACUCCGGUGGCAGCAGUCAGCCAGCCAGUUGCACUCGAGAUGUCUUCCUGAUUAGACAGCAAAGCCAUGUCAUGAUGACCACAUCUCCUGAUGAGUCAAUCAGGCUUAACAUCUUCAAAGACAUUUUCCCAUCAACAAGUAGAUCUCUGAGACCAGCCAAUGAUGAAGGAGCUUCACUCUCCAAUCAAAGGCGAGUUCAUAACAAGAUUGCUUUUAUCAUUUACCUGUCCAGAUCGAAGCUCUGUAAGAAUUGUGCGGAAUGCAUGUUCUUGCUGUUAUUUAAAGACACUAGACACUCGUCGUCUUAUUUGGUGUAUCUUACAUAUGCAUAAAAAUAAUAAACUUGUGAAAAUUUGAACACAAUUGGUUGUCAAAAUU